AUCAUGAAUAGACGAAGAUGAAAAAAAACUAAAGAAGCAGCCUUGGCUCAUUAAUCGGCUACAAUGGCAGAAGGGAAAAAGAAGGAUGGUGGAGCUCUUCUGGCUAAAAAGAAGAAAGUGAAACCAAGGAAAUCAAGAGAUGCAGACUGCUGUAGCGUCAAUUUCUUGAAAUGCGUUCUACAUAUCUUCAAUGUGGUGUUUUUGUUUGCAGGUAUAGGCGUGCUAGCCGUGGGAGCGUGGACCGUGGCCUCGCGACAUAGGUAUGUGGCUCUCCUCCCGACGCCCACCUACGCGGCCAUAGCGUACCUGCUCGUCAUAGCAGGGGCCUUGGGUGUCCCCCUUAGUGCACUUGGAUGCUGCGGACUUAAGACUGAGAAUAGAACCAGUUUAUUGUGUUAUACAUACUUCCUGCUGAUAACGUUUAUCCUGGAGUUGGGCGCAGGCGGACUAGCAUACUACUACGAGGUAGCAGUGGAAGACGAAUUAAAGGCUGAACUGAACAACACCUUCCUCUCGAACUACGCUCUCGAUACCACUAUUACGAACGCUGUCGAUCGCAUGCAGGCAGAGUUCAAAUGCUGUGGCGCGGUGCGGUUCGAGGACUGGCGGCGCAGCGCGUGGCACGAGCACGACCCGCGCAUGCUCGUGCCCGACUCCUGCUGCAAGACCGUCACAAUCCGCUGCGGAGCACGAGACCAUCCCUCCAACAUACAUUACACGGGAUGUAUACGCUACUUCAUAAAUCACAUACGCGAUCAUUUAAUCAUCCUCGCUGCCGUUGGUGUCGGGAUGUCUGUCAUACCAAUCUUCGGCUUCCUGUUCGCGUGCGUCUUAUACGCGAAGAUCAAACACGUGAUCGACUGACCUCGGCCUAAGCGGCCCAAGCCCGCUAACAACAGGAAGGUUUUCGACAAGUCAGCGUCUGUCGGGGAUUUGUCGAAACUUCCAACGAGCAGGAGCUCGCAACGAACGCGUAAAAUCGUAGAAAGACCCCGCUGUAAACGGAGCGUGAAACGACCUCCCUGCCCCCUACACUCUGGCCCCGACAAACACAUGCCUAUAUCGACUAUAAGCGAUAAUGUCAGCGUAUAAAAUUCUUAUUACAAAUGCAAAAUCUCCUGGGAAAACCUUACACCUUUACAUCUUCUUUCUUUCUCUUUAUUAAGUAAAUCAAAGAGAGAUGAAAUAUUUUUCCAAGAGAUUCGUCACUCAUCGAUGUAAUCUGUAUGUAUACUUCUAUAAAGUAACCCAAUGUGCAAUGUGGCAACUGUACUAGUGAUACUACUACAAUGCAAUUUUAACACUAUUGGUCAUAACGAGUUUUAUAAUGGAUCUGCAUGUGGAAUUCGAAAUCUGACUAAUUAGUUAUUUUUUUAGUUUCUAUUUGUUUUAACCGCUAAAACUUCUAUAAGACUAUCUUACAAUGUAUAGCUUGAUGUGCUGUUGUCUGUACAUCGAUCUUUAAAUAUAAAUUCACAAUAAUAUUAUUGUCCCCUAAUUUCAACUUAAUUAGAUGUCAAAGCUAUUAUUAUUCAUACCAAAAUUGAAUAAACACAAAGAAAAAUUCCUUCGAUUGUACUGCCACGUCCAGCCUCUAUUGCCUCAACGUGACAAAAAAGUCGUAUCAAAUGAACUUUUCUUUGUGUUUGUACGAUCUUUGUGUCAAUAAUAAUAAUAAUAAUAACAAAGUAGUGGAGUAUCGUCACAAAAAACACUAUAAAAACAUAAUAUUCAAUUUAAAUAAAUUUAUUAGAUGUCACUAUUUGAACUGCACAGCUGUGUUCAGAAUGUACUUGGUUAAAAGUGGCCGGUGCAGGAUCCGUUAGCUUUGCGGGCCAGUUACACCUCAGUUCUUUUAAAAUUUGCGUUAAAAAGGCGUUUUUGAUGUAGGCCGUUAUCCUAAAAAGUAAUUCAUUUAUUGUCACCUUUCAGAGAUUAUCAUAUUGUGGCUGAAAAUACAAAAAAUAAAAAUUUAAUGUUAGCAAUACACCAUGUAUUUAAUAAGAAAUUUUCAUAACAACUUUACUGUGUUCAUCGAAUGUUACAUGAUGGUAGAAUUUAAAACAUUGUUCUUGUUUAGUAUAGCGACUAGUUUCUAGAAACCAUGACCGAAUUUAUAUAUAAACAAAUGUAUCUAAGUCGAAAUAUACAGUAAUAUAAAUACAGAAAUAUGAAAAGUACAGUAAAACUUAACUACGAGUUGUUUAGAAAAUAAUACAUCAAAAAGAGUUAUAACAAAAAGUGUUUAUUGUUAGAAUUACAAUAUUAUAUACAUAUACCAAUGUGCAUAGAGCAAUCGUUUUCAUUUUAAAUUUUAAUCAUUUAAGCCAGUUUCCAUAAGCAAAAAAGUGUAGCCAGAAUACGUACUCAGUGUUCUUAUAGCAGAACAAUAGUAAUAUGUCAAGCAAUCACAUCACUUAUGUGGUCUCAAAGCAGGGAAUUCCCUACACUCUGAGUACCAGAGUUACAAAAUUAACUCCGGAGCACCUAGAGAACCAAUUUACCUAGCUACCGCUAUGUCCACGUACUCGUAAAUGUAACUAAUUGACAAUUUGAGUAGCUCAACUGCACCGUGGGCUAAAAGUAUCUAUACUCUAAACUACUCAAACCCUUAAUGAAUCAGAAUCUGUUAACUUGAAGCGUGAAACAUACAGACAACGGGUACAGGUCGGGUGCGUGUCGGGUCGGGUGCACAGCGGGUGUGAUUCCGUGUAUUUA